AUGGAGACUGCUAAUGGCUGGCACCAGUCCUUGCCAGGGUGGUUGGAAACUCGAGCUAUCAAGACAAACCAGGACCUUCUGCCCGAGACACCAUGGACCCAUAUCUUCUACAAUGACUUUUGGGGGACACUGCUCACUCACAGUGGGAGCCACAAGUCCUACAGACCUCUCUGCACGCUCUCCUUCCGUAUUAACCAUGCUGUUGGAGGGAUGGACCCAUGGGGCUACCACCUUGUAAACGUCCUGUUACAUGCUGCGGUCACAGGCCUUUUCACAAACUUCUCCAGGAUCCUGUUUGGGGAUGGGUACUGGACCUUGAUAGCAGGCCUGCUGUUUGCAUCUCAUCCCAUCCACACGGAAGCCGUAGCAGGGAUCGUAGGGAGGGCAGACAUUGGAGCCUGCCUUUUCUUUCUGCUUUCCCUGAUGUGUUACGUGAAGCACUGCUCUACCAGAGGUUCCUCUCCGAGUACUUGGGGCUGGAUCUUGGGCGCAGGGCUGUGUGCGGGGUGCAGCAUGCUGUGGAAGGAGCAAGGAGUGACUGUUCUGGCCAUUUCAGCCGUGUACGAUAUCUUUGUAUUUCAUCGACUGAAACUAAACCAGAUAUCCUCUGUUGUGUUAAAAGAAAAGAAUUUGACCCUCUUCUUCAGCAUUGGUUUACUGACCUUUUGGGGAACUGCAUUGCUGGGUGUCCGCUUGUACUGGAUGGGCAACAAGCCCCCAAGUUUUUCCAAUUCUGACAAUCCAGCAGCUGACUCAGACAGUUUUCUCACGCGUACACUGACCUUCUUUUACCUGCCAACCAAGAACCUCUGGCUGUUGCUGUGCCCAGAUACACUCAGCUUUGACUGGUCUAUGGAUGCCGUGCCUCUUCUGAAAACAGUCAGCGACUGGAGGAAUCUACACACUGUGGCCUUCUAUGCUGGACUCCUCCUCCUUGCCUACUUUAGCUUGAAGGGCUCCAGCAAUGAGAGAGAAUGCAAUGGGAAAACUGUAAUGAAUGGCAAGCAGAAUGCUAAUGGGCAUAGCUGCCACUUGGAGAUGGAGUACAAGACACUGGAGGUGAAGUCAAGCUUUGCAUCAAAAGAAGAGAAUGGUAUAAAAAAGCACGAAAUGCAGAAACUGCAGCUUCCUUCAACUGAGAACAUUGUCAUUCUGUCUCUGUCUUUGUUAAUAGUGCCCUUUGUUCCUGCCACAAACCUAUUUUUCUAUGUUGGCUUUGUAAUAGCAGAGCGUGUGCUGUAUGUUCCUAGUAUGGGCUUCUGCCUGCUGGUUACAGUAGGUGUCAGGGCCCUUUAUGUCAAAGCCCAAAAGCGCUUUCUGAAGAACUUGGUUUUUUGUUCCACUGCUGCAUUAAUUGUUUUCUAUGGACUCAAGACUGGUGUCAGGAAUGGGGACUGGCAGAAUGAGGAGAUGCUGUAUAGGUCAGGGAUAAAAGUAAACCCUGCUAAAGCAUGGGGUAACCUUGGAAAUGUUCUCAAGAGCCAGAGCAAGAUCUCUGAAGCUGAAAGCGCCUAUAGAAAUGCCUUGUACUACCGCAGCAACAUGGCUGAUAUGCUUUAUAAUUUAGGAUUACUACUUCAGGAAAACAGCAGGUUUUCGGAGGCAUUGCAUUACUAUAAACUGGCAAUUGGUAGCAGACCCACACUAGCUUCUGCCUAUUUAAAUACUGGUAUCAUCCUGAUGAACCAAGGCAAGACAGAGGAAGCCAGGAGGACUUUCCUGAAGUGUUCAGAGAUCCCUGAUGAAAAUUUGAAAGAUCCUCAUGCUCAUAAAAGCUCUGUUACUAGCUGUCUUUAUAACUUAGGAAAGCUUUUUCAUGAACAAGGACACUAUGAGGAUGCCCUUAUGGUUUACAAAGAAGCAAUACAGAAAAUGCCAAGGCAGUUUGCACCACAGAGCUUAUACAACAUGAUGGGAGAAGCCUAUAUGAGAAUGAACCGGCUGCCAGAAGCAGAGCGCUGGUACGUGGAGUCACUGCGAUCCAAGAGCGACCACAUCCCAGCCCAUCUCACCUAUGGAAAACUUCUGGCUCUGACGGGACGCAAGAGUGAGGCAGAAAAGUACUUCGUGAAAGCUAUUCAGCUGGAUCCUACCAAAGGAAACUGCUACAUGCAUUAUGGUCAGUUCCUCCUAGAAGAAUCCCGCCUGAUAGAAGCAGCUGAGAUGGCAAAAAAAGCAGCUGAACUUGAUAAUACCGAAUUUGAUGUUGUUUUCAAUGCAGCCCAUAUGCUCAGACAAGCCAGUCUCAAUGAAGAAGCUGAGAAGUAUUAUGAAAUGGCAGCAGGAUUAAGACCUAAUUAUCCAGCUGCCCUGAUGAAUCUUGGAGCCAUUCUCCAUCUGAAUGGUAAACUGAAAGAGGCUGAAGAAAACUACCUCCUUGCUCUUCAACUUAAACCUGAUGAUGUCAUCACUCAGUCCAAUCUUCGCAAAUUGUGGAAUAUCAUGGAGAAACAAGGUUUGAAGACAUCCAAAACAUGA